UUUGUCCAAUCCUUUCUUUUUCAUUGUUUUCAUUCCUGAUAAUACAAGGUUUAUGAUAUAACAAGGUAAUUUGCAGAGUCCAAAGGACCUGUUAUUAACGAAGUUCGACUGUAUAUGUUAAAAGUUUGCCAAACUUGUUCAAAUUCCACUGUAAAUUGUGGUGUAAGUGAAGAUAUGCCAUUGCAUAAAGUUUCGUGAAAUUUACUGCAGGAAACCCAUUUUUUUUUUCUGCAUGAACUUUAAAAGAACUUUACUUGGGGAGUGCGUUCGGUAUAAACUUGUUGGUUCCCUGGCCCCGCCCUCGCCUGCCCGGGCGGCCGUACUACUACGAAGGGCGCCACCAAUUGUCCACGUUGAUUCUGGCUAGGCUGAGCAUAUUCUUUGCCUAGCAACGAGUUCCAAAAUGGCAGCUUCCAUUAGCGCAGAGGAUGCAAAACAAGUGGCAUCUUUGCCGAAACCUCAGGGACGCCUGAAGCUGGCCCGGUGCCUCAACUGGGACCUGAGCAGCUUCAGCGAAGAUGACAACAUGCGGGAGUCGAUCCUGCUGGACUACCUUCACGACAGUCUCAUGUUUGCCGCCAGCCGCGGCUUCCCCUGGCAGCAGGUGUGUGGGGUGCUGGACCUUGCCAGGGAGAUGCAAGAACAGACAGUUGGUCAGCCACUCGGCCACGCCAUCAGGCUGUACCGGCAGAAGUCCUUGGAGUACGCUGAGGAUGGCCGCAUCUCGGAUAAGAACUUGAAGAUCUUCACCAGCCACCUCUUUGCCACCUUCAUGAGGCACUACAGACUCUACCAGUUUGUCUUCAUGCAGCCCCGCUCUCUCAUGGUCACCAAACUCGCACUGGAGGUUGAACCACCCCCAGAUACUAUACACUUGAAGGAAAGCAAGCCACAACACAUUUGGGAGUACGACCAGAAGCUGGCGGCCAUUGAAGGGGAAGAGCAGGCCCGCAUGGAGGCCCUGCAGGCUGAGAGAGAGGAGCUGCUGCGACAGGAGCCGGAUGCUGACAGACCCCUGGUCGCUCUGGAGGAAUCAGGGGGACCACUCCAACAGGAGAUUCUUUCUCGGGCGAUCCGGGAGGCCACAAACCUCCGAGGCAGCCACACCGAGCGUCUGCUCCAGGCAAAGGUGGAAGAGACCCACGAGGACCUGGACUACUACUUUGAGAAGACCGCCCUGCCCCGCCCAGCAGCCUUAGGACCGCCCCCGCGCACCAAGUCUCCACCCCGCCUGCCGGCCAGAAGCAAGACCGCCAGCACAAAGAGUGGGGGAGGGGGAGGCAAGAACUCCCUGGGCAGGGACUUGCCCAAGGGAUCAGCUAAGUCCCUGAGGUCCAAGACGCCCAAAUCCGUCAAGAGCUAAGUGGGAUUGGGCUACUGUAGCAUUUUGGAAUUGAGUUUAAUUCAGUCUAGGAGUUACAGUUCUCUUCAGACUUGAUUUCUUAUUCUUGGUAUGAACAAGAAAAACUCUCGGGAACAUUCACUAAUAAGUAAUUUCCUCUGCAGUAUCAGCAUUUACUUAGGAAAACUCAAUGUGUGUGAUAUUCAGCAUGGUGCUUAAGAGCUCUGUUCAAACCCGUUCUUUGGUGGUUAUGUUUUGGUAUACCCGAAAUGAAAACUAUAUUUUGGAAGUCGUAACCAAGUACACAAUGAAAGCCUGUAUAGAGGGUUUGCAUGGCAGCCAUGUUGCAGGCCCUUGCUUUUGUGCCACAGGGUAUUCACAAAGGAAGUUUCCCUGUGAAACAAAAGAUCUGCCUUGGAAGAUGGCUACCACGAAAAGCCUCUAUGCAAGUAGCUGCAGUCAAUAACACCUACCAAACAAUAUGCAACAAACAAUGGAAGAAGUUCCUGGUUAUGAUCGCAGCACAGCCCUGAAUAUCCUGUGUUCAUAAGAGGCGAGAGUCGUUGCUCCUGAAACUCCUAAAAAUGAUCUGGUGAGUUCAUGAACACAGUUUGAACAUUUUUGAACAGAAACAGUGUGCUUUUGAGUCAAAGGAGUUGCAACUUGCUAUUAAAGUGCAGGUGAAUUGAGUUUCAGCAUAAAUAUAUGCAUGCAACUUGACAAUCAACAAAACUCAUCAACUCAUAGCUUUUGCCAUGUUAGGUGAACUUUUAAACUUAUGCAUUAAGAUCUAUGGAACAUGUAGUCUGUGUUUCUAAAUGUUUUUACUAUAUGCUUAUUACAUCUCUAACAUUUUGGUGCAUUGCAUGUACAUACAAACUUCUUGAAAAAAAGAAAAAAACUGUUGUAGGUAGAAGACUCCUUUUUGGUCGGAAGCCAUUUGGGAGUUUGUUCCUAAAUGAUCACUCAAAGGGCAACAUAAAAAUGAGGAUUGGGACCUUUUUUGAUCGAGUAAACACUCAGCAAAUGCUCAUAAAA